CAAUCUUCAAAGCCCCUCGUGUUCCCUUGAUCUAUCAUCUUCUGGUCUCCUCCUAACUUAGAAAAAAAAACCUCUCUCUCUCUCUCUCUCUCUCUCUCUCUAACUUGACCCACACGCAUUGCCAUAAUAUUACUCCUCCUUUGUGCUCUCUCUCUCUCUCUCAUCCUCUCUUUCUCUAGACUGAGCUUGAGCUUGGGCUUGGCCAUGGUUGUUCUUCGCAUCUCAGCGGCAUUUGCUCUCCUCUUCUUUGCAACAGCUCUUGGUAGGGAGUUGUUAGAAGUUCAACAAGCGAGUAGGGAGGAGGGCCUGAAGAACGAGGAGGAGAAAUAUUACUGGCACCGGUUUGUUGUGACCCAAAGGAGACUGCUCGUGGGGCCCGGCUCCUCCCCUCCCACGUGCCGUGCGCGGUGCGGCACGUGCUUCCCCUGCAGGCCCGUGCGCGUGGCGAUCCAGCCGAGCCUCAUCACGCCACUCGAAUACUACCCCGAGGCUUGGAGGUGCAAAUGCGGGAAUAAGCUCUUCAUGCCCUGAUUAUAGCUAGCUAAAUAUUAAUCACCACAAUAUUGGAGCUUGUAAUAACCAUUUUUAUUAGUGAGGUAUUGAGAAAGAGGAAAAGAGAGGUCGAUAAUUUAAAAAAAAAAAAAACCCACUAACUUGAGCCUGUUGAGUUGAACAUUUUUGUUCCUUACGAUGUAAGUUAUGCGUAUGUAGAUAUCAUCUGCUGCUUUUUGUUGUUUGUUCUCUUCCAAUUUUUUUUUUUUUUUGAUUAACAAGGGGAGCUUGUAACUUAUGGUUA